UCUUUUGGCUUUUAUUUUUCUAGGUAAACAACACCCAAUUGACAACGGUCCAAGAAGCUUGCAAUGGUACAUUGAAAACCUAUUGCAGUAAAGUCCAAACUGAGUUCAAUGCUGAUGUAUGGACCGUAACAAUGUCCAACCUAGCAAAACCCCUACAUUCUGGUUUGAUAAUGAGCUUGUUCAUCUUAACCUUAAAAGAAACAGUCCCUAUCAGCAAAAAAGAGCAAGCAACUUACUGGGUCCAGUAUAUCAACCCAAAUGGCUCUGAAAAAAGCUUCAUAGAAUCUGCAGAUAAACUAGAACAGAAGAAUGAUUGCGCCAGUGCCCAGAUCGACCUUGUUUUCCUGAUUGACUCGUCAGGAAGCGUUGGAUCUGACAACUUUAAGAAGACAAAAACAUUUUUGAUUAAUAUUGUGGAUAAUCUAGAUAUUAGCCUAAUGGAAACACGUGUAGCUGUGAUUAGAUUUUCAUCCAGUCCUCUCGUAAUAUUUGGAUUAGACACUCACAGUACGAAAGCUGCAGUAAAAAGUGCUAUUAACGCUAUAGGUUACGAUGGUGGUGGUACACAGACGGACACGGCUCUUGACUUAGCACGUACAAGUGUCUUUACAAAUACAAGAAAAUCUGUUGCUGCAAAAGUUUUAGUUUUGGUCACAGAUGGAAAGUCAAAUAGUGAAACGAAAACAGUAGCGGCAGCUAAAAACUGAAAGAUGACGGCGUCACUAUAUUUACAAUUGGAGUUGUCAAUCCAAAAGUGUCUGAGUUAACUGCAGCAGCAAGUGAACCCAGUUGUACACAUUUCAUCGUCUUGAAAGAUUAUGAUGCGAUUGGUUUUAUUGUG